GCCCGGCCCAACCCAGCCCAGCGGCGGCGAUGGGGAGCCGGGGUUUGCGGCUCCGCGAGUAGAAGAAGGCUGGGGUGCAUCCGCUGCAACACUGGAGGCCCGGCUACAGGAGAAGCUGGGAAAUAGCAUUAAUCUUCGUAGACAACUUGGCCGUGAGCAGUUAAACUGAAAUUAACUUCUGCCUUCUGCCUUCUGGCUGCAGAGAGCUGGUCUGACGUUCCUGCCUGAUACUCUGCAGACUAAAUCAUGCCAGCGUUAUCAGCUGGAUCUGGAAGUGACACAGGUCUGUACGAGCUGCUGGCUGCAUUGCCAGCCCAGCUGCAGCCACAUGUGGACAGCCAGGAAGACCUGACCUUCCUCUGGGAUAUGUUUGGUGAAAAAAGCCUUCAUUCACUGGUGAAGAUCCACGAAAAACUCCAUUAUUACGAAAAACAGAACCCAGUGCCCAUACUCCACGGUGCAGCAGCCUUGGCAGAUGAUCUGGCUGAGGAGCUGCAGAGCAAACCACUGAGCAGCGAGAUCAGAGAACUGUUGAAACUCCUCUCAAAACCCAAUCUCAAGGCUUUGCUCUCUGUACAUGAUACUGUUGCUCAGAAGAAUUAUGAUCCUGUCUUGCCUCCCAUGCCUGAUGAUAUUGAUGAGGAAGAAGAUUCAGUUAAAAUAAUUAGGCUCGUCAAAAACAGGGAGCCGUUGGGAGCAACUAUUAAAAGGGAUGAACAAACUGGUGCAAUUGUGGUGGCCAGGAUAAUGCGUGGAGGAGCUGCAGAUAGAAGUGGUCUUAUUCACGUUGGUGAUGAACUGAGAGAAGUCAAUGGAAUUCCUGUAGAUGACAAAAAACCUGAAGAAAUAAUACACAUCCUGGCUCAGUCUCAAGGAGCAAUUACAUUUAAAAUUAUACCUAGCGUGAAGGAAGAAAUGCCAGUGAAGGAAGGCAAGAUGUUUAUCAGAGCCCUAUUUGACUAUGAUCCUAAUGAGGAUAAAGCAAUUCCUUGUAAAGAAGCUGGACUUGCUUUCAGAAAAGGAGAUGUCCUUCAGAUCAUGAGCCAGGAUGAUGCAACCUGGUGGCAGGCCAAACAUGAAGGUGAUGCCAAUCCCAGAGCAGGCUUGAUCCCUUCAAAGCAUUUCCAGGAGAGGAGAUUUGCACUAAGAAGACCAGAAGUGCAGAUUCAACCACUGAAAAUUUCCAACAGAAAGUCAUCUGGUUUUAGAAGAAGCUUCCGUCUUAGCAGAAAAGACAAAAAAACAAACAAAUCCAUGUAUGAGUGCAAGAAGAGUGAUCAGUAUGACACAGCAGAUAUCCCAACCUAUGAAGAAGUUGCAAAAUACAGACGGCAGCCUAGUGACAAAUACAGGCUUGUAGUUUUGGUGGGUCCUGUUGGAGUUGGACUGAAUGAACUGAAACGGAAAUUGCUGAUCAGUGACACCCAGCACUACGGGGUGACAGUGCCACACACUACCCGUCCAAGGAGAAGCCAAGAAAGUGAUGGUGUCGAAUACAUUUUCAUUUCCAAGCACUUGUUUGAGACAGACGUGCAGAAUAACAAGUUUAUUGAGUAUGGCGAGUAUAAGAACAACUACUAUGGCACGAGCUUAGACUCUGUGCGAUCAGUUUUGGCUAAAAACAAAGUUUGUCUGUUGGAUGUGCAGCCUCAUACAGUGAAACACUUACGGACUUACGAAUUCAAACCAUUUGUUAUAUUUAUAAAGCCUCCAGCGCUUGACCGUUUGAGAGAGACCAGAAAAAAUGCCAAGAUUAUUUCAAGUAAAGAUGAUAAGGGAACGGCAAAACCCUUUACAGAAGAAGAUUUUCAAGAAAUGAUUAAAUCUGCCCACGUGAUGGAGAGCCAGUAUGGCCACCUCUUUGAUAAGGUGAUAGUCAACGAUGACCUUGCGACAGCUUACAGCGAGCUGAAAACGACUUUUGACAGGUUGGAGACUGAGACCUUCUGGGUUCCUGUCAGCUGGCUACAUUCCUAACAACAUUUUAAACAGACAGAACAAGCUGUGUUCAGCAUCAAAGCAUGGGGCAUGGUUAGGCAUUACUUGAUGGCUGUUUUCUUGGUAAGAGGGCUUUCUUACUCUACCUGAGCAGCAGGUACACUCUUCUUGCACUUGGAACUGGUCUUGUUUUCCUGUGUCUUCAAUCCUCCUGCCCACGAUUUUGGGGUAGAACUGUCAGAUUAAACUGAAGUCUUACUCUGCUCCACAAAGUGAGCUAAUACUAGUGUAGCAAAACGGCCAAACGCCUCUUUAUCAUCAUUCAUCUGUGUAUUUCCAAGGUAAGCUUUUUUAAUGGAGAGUUUGCAGAAGAUCCUAAUUAAUACUGGAGAUCAGCACCUUGAUGGUUUUAAGCAUAACUGCUCCCAUAAAGAGAACAUCAGCACUUGGAAAUUAUUGCUCCUUAAGUGCUUGAGAGAACUGAAAUGGGCAAAAGUGACCAACAUUUUUUAUGAGGAAGACAUCAUAGUUUAAUUAUGUAUCGAGAUAAGUGUUUUUACUUUUCUAGGUGUGAACCUUGUCUUACCUGUCCAGAGUGAUGUUAGGAUUCCUUUGCACUUACAGAGUCAUGGAAAGGGAGAUGCAUUCAGUGGCUUAAUGCUGGGAGCAUGCAUGGGUUGAAACUCUUUUCAUGCAUGCUUUAUGGCACAACAAAGAAAACUCAUGGGAAUAUUAAUUUAAACAGGGGGAAAGUGAGUUACUAUGUAUAUAACUUCAAAGUCUUUGGGAUUCAUCUGCAAAAUCAGUGGCAAAGUGAUAUGAAUAGCAACAAAGCAGAGAGUAACCUUUUUCUCCCCCCCUUUAAAUCGAUUUCAAGUGGUUUUGGUAUCCUUUAGAACAGUUGUCCCCUCGGAAAUUUGCAAACAGUUGGUGAGGAUGCCUUGGAGAUCUGGGAAGCACUUGCAAGAGAUUGGGGUUUUUUUUAAUUGUUUACUACACAGUGAUAUUUUUGGUAGCAGAACAGAUAUUUUGUCUCCACUCCAAAACUUAUUAGUGGUGUAGACCUCACUGUAAAAAAAAUAUCCUUGUCACUGGUCAGACACAGGUGGAAACCUCAUUUUAAAAUGUGUUGUGGCAGUGUAAUCAAAUGUAUAUUAGAUGAUGUAUUUUUUAAUAUGGAUAAUUUAGUAUUUUUCUUCAUUUACUACUGAUAUGCAGGAAAUUAGUACAGCUGUAAAGACCAAGUAACACCUGUGUGUUGUGUUGUGAAUAUGUCUUGUAAGUACAGGCUGUGGAGAGGAACGUGCUGACUUCAGAUUGUCUCAUCGGUGGCAUUCAAAGAGGAACCCAUGUUUCAUGGCAAUCUCUAAAGGGACUAUAGCUGUCUUGUUUAAGGACAAAAGAAAUUAGUGAAACUUCAUCUAUUUAUGAAAGGGUUGGGAAAGGGAUGUCCAGUUGUUAAAUUUCUUGUCAGUGUGAUCAUUUACUGAAGAGAUGACGAAGUCUGUAAUUCGAAACGCUGUCUCUGUAAAUGGAGCUCAACAUUCCAUGUAAAUAUUUUAUUCCAGUUCCUGCACUGAUAAAGCCAUCAGACGUUGUAGUUGUAUUCUAAAUGUGUAUUUAACGUGUGGGUCAUUGCAUUUGGCUUAGAGUGGGAUAAAACAAAUGAAAAUGAAAGGAACAACAGCAAAAUCCCAAGGAGUCUGGAAAUGUUUAUGCAGGAGUUACAGACGUCCUGAAUCCCAGUAGGGAUACGCACUCUGCUUGAAAAGCUCUGAUGUAACUUUAGUCAAAUUUCACCCUUUUCCUGGUGGACUGAAACUUUUUUUGUAACAUAAAUAAAAAAUUGUUGAUUAAAUUAAUUGCACGGAGAUGAUGUGAGCUGAGGAAUUGUUUUCUCU